AUGCCGCUUCUAGAAUAUAUAAAUGAGGAGGGGUAUAGGCUUGAUGGAAGAAAAGCAAAUGAGUGCAGAUUAGUAAAAAUAAAUUUAGGGAAUGAAAAUAUAUUUACAGAUGCAGAUGGUUUUGCUUUUUAUGAAAUAGGUAACACAAAAAUAUUGUCCUACGUACAAGGACCAACUGAAUUAAAAAAAUCGGAUGAAAAGUGUUCAGUAAAAUGUGAAGUUUUUUUAUCCCCAUUUAAUGUUUACGAAAAAAAAAAGAAAAAAACAAAAGACAACUUAACAUAUGAAAUAAGUGCAUAUAUAAGAAAUAUAUGUGAAAAUAUUAUCUUAUUAGAUUUAUAUAAAAAUUCGGAAAUAAAUAUAUUUUUAUACAUAAUUGAAAGAGAUGGAGGUGUAAAACAAGCUUCUAUAAAUACAUGCAUAUUAGCAUUAAUUGAUGCAGGAAUAGCAAUUAAAUAUUUUAUUUCAGCAUGUUCAGUUUUAUAUUUGCAAAAUCAUAUAAUAGUAGAUGCCAAUCAACUAGAAAAUAAUUCAGGCUCCCCUGAAUUGACUUUGGUCAUUGAACUAAAUACACAUAAAAUUAUACUAUUAGAGUUUGACGCAGAAGUUCCUAUUGACAUUUUUGAGUCCAUGGUCAGAACUUGUAUUGACUGUUGUAUUAAUUUGGGAAACGUUAUGAAAUUAACAGUGAAAGAAAAUGCUAUCAAAUUGUUAUGUUUAAAUAAUUUGUUAAAUACUUAA